AUGUCAAAAUCCACGAAAAAUUUACAAAAUUCCGCUGUUAUCCGUAGUAAUAAUGUUAUUGAAAAUAAAAAGAAUGAUACUACUGAGAAAAUGCAAAAGACUAUUAAUGAUAAUAGUGUGAAAAUGGAAAAAACUAUUAGUGAUAAUACUGUGAAAAUGGAAAAAACUAUUGGUCUUGUUAGUAGUAUUACUAUUAUUAUUGGUUCAAUUAUUGGUUCGGGAAUAUUUGUCAGUCCAACUGGUAUAUUGGAAAAUAUGCAUAGUUUUGGUGCAAGUCUGAUUAUAUGGAUUGGAUGUGGAAUUUUCUCUCUACUAGGUGCUUAUUGUUAUGCUGAAUUAGGCACAAUGAUACAACGUUCCGGUGGUGAUUAUGCUUAUGUACUUGUAGCAUUUGGUUCAUUUAUGGGAUUUUUACGUUUAUGGAUUGAAGUAAUGGUAGCUAGACCAGCUACAAUGGCUGUUAUAGCUAUGACAUUUGCUAAAUACAUUUUACAACCAAUAUUUCCUGAUUGUCCUCAAUCUGAUGCAGUUGUUAGAUGUUUAGCAGCUGUAUGUAUCAUGAUUUUAGGAUUUAUCAACUCUGUCUCUGUACGUUGGGCUACACGUGUACAAGAUGUUUUCACUUAUACAAAAGUGAUAGCAUUGUUAAUGAUUAUUAUUACCGGGUUUGUACAAAUUGGGCUGGGUCGUGUAGAAGAAUUCCAAGCACCAUUCGAUGGAUCCAAUUGGAAUCCGGGUAGUAUUGCUAAAGCAUUCUAUAGUGGUUUAUUUUCAUAUGCUGGUUGGAAUUAUUUAAAUUGUAUGAUUGAAGAAAUGAUCAAUCCUAAACGUGAUCUACCCAUUGCUAUUGUCUUUUCAUGUCUUAUUGUAACAAUUGUUUAUGCAUUAGCUAAUGUGGCUUAUAUUACAGUAGUUUCAUUGAAUGAAAUCUUAACUACACCAGCUGUUGCUGUAACAUUUGCUAAUCGUAUUUACGGUCCAGCAUGGUGGAUUAUGCCAAUAUUUGUGGCUUUCUCAACAUUUGGCGGUGUGAAUGGUAAUAUGUUGACUACAUCAAGAAUAUUUUUUGUUGCAAGUCGUGAAUCUCAUAUGCCUAGAUUUAUAUCAUUCUUGCACAAAGACAAAUUGACGCCCAUACCAGCUGUUAUUUUCACUGUAAGUGUAAAUAGUGUGUGUGUGUGUUAUUUAACUUUUGUUUAA